ACACACGAUAAGUCACGUGUGGCUACUAGCUCCGGUAAUAAUUAAACAAAGAUAAAUACAUAGCUGGCUUGGGUAGAGGCUUCAACUUGACCGCACUCUAAAUUUGUAACCUGUUUAUUCAACGCUGAUCGAGAAUAUUUACUUCUGCUGCAAGACAAUGGAACAUAAUCUACAUAACACUACGCCAGUGCACUGGGGCUACGGAGUUGCUCCGGUGCCAACUACGCCGCACAGUCACUGGACUCCGCCGCCACAGAAUCAUGGCUUGAAACGCGCUCUGUCCGAAAGUGACUGUGACGAACUUUAUUCCGAGGAAUCCUCCAAGGAACAAAUUUCGCCUAGUGAACCGGGAAGUUGUCAAUUAUUAACCCGUAAGAAACGACGAGGUGUCAUCGAAAAGAAGCGACGAGAUCGCAUUAAUUCUUCACUCACCGAACUAAAGCGUCUCGUGCCUUCGGCCUACGAAAAACAAGGAUCUGCUAAAUUGGAAAAAGCAGAAAUUUUGCAGUUAACCGUGGAACACUUAAAAAAUAUACAAUCAAAAGGUAUUGAAUCGUUCAGCUAUGAUCCUCAACGCUUUGCCAUGGAUUAUCAUAUUAUCGGCUUUCGUGAGUGCGCUGCUGAAGUGGCACGUUAUUUAGUGACCAUAGAAGGCAUGGAUAUACAGGAUCCUCUGCGCUUGCGCCUAAUGUCGCAUUUGCAAUAUUUCGUUCAGCAACGUGAGUUAUCGGUCAAGAGUUGUUCCAGCCCCGGCGGUUGGACUACUGCGUCUGCAUCUAGUGGAUAUCAGCCACCGAAUUGUGCUGCGACGCCUUAUCAAUCGUAUGCAGGCACGGCCUCCGCUCACCCAGGUAUCAAUCCCACUUACAUGCCCGCACCAAUACAUCCCUACCCGACGCUGAGCACAUCACCGACCAGCACCUCACAUCUGCAUCCGCACCUGCAUCAACAGCAACAGCUGCAACAACAACAGCAACAAGCAGCGCCUGUGCAAGUAAAUCGGGCAUCUUCAGCUUCUGGUGCAGUGCCGAGUGAGGCAAUGCCAACCAUAAGCCAUUCAACAAGUCAGCAGAAUACUCAACAACAACAGCAACAACAACCACACUCAACGCACCAAACACAGCCGGCAUCGUCACACGUGCAGCAAACAGCCGUGUCACAUGAAACUCAUCAUCAGCAGCAACAACAACCACCACAAGUGCAACCGCAGCCGCAACAUUACACCCAAGAGCAUACACACACCGAUCAACAAGGCGUCACAUAUGCCGACCUGUCCAACGCUCAGGUUCAUGCUGAUCAUCGAAAUCCCACGGCGGCCAUUUCGAGCACAGGUCUGAGCUACACCGGGUCUACACACUAUCCGGUUGCUGGAGCGCAAGAAUACAAUCCCAAUUAUGUUGCCGCAAAUGGGUCGAAACCAUAUCGGCCGUGGGGAGCCGAAAUGGCUUAUUAGGGUGGCUCGCCGUGAUGCAUUUUUUUUUAUUUGCACAUAAAUACUAAGCAUGCGUUGUUUGAACAUUGAAGAAAUGAUAUUUGGAAUCUAGUCACUAAAAUUUGAAUUUAUUCGAGUGUAAAUUAUUUGCUUGCUUUACAUAUAAAAUUGUACAUGUAUUUAAGCAGAAAAGUUAAGAUCCUGCAAUGCAAAGAAUUGAAAUACUAUGGACGUAUGUAUAUCUCGAUGUAUGGAAGAAGGUGUUCCAACAUGUACAAAUAUACACAUUAAAUGUUACUUACCCAUUACUAUGUUUAAGCUUUAAUGAAUAGCAUUUACAAACAUGAAAGAAAAUAAAUAUUUUUUAUACAAAUUUAUUGUGAACUGUAUACAAAA